GUGUGCCUUUGUUACGCUGUCAACGUCCCAGAGUGAAUGCAAUCGCAUGCAAGUCCCGCCCUGCCAAGCCGUGUUCCUGCCUCCUCCCACGAUCGCUCCUUCCCUUUCAAGCCAGCUUGUGCGCCCGGCCGACAUCAUGCCGCGAGUCACAUGAGUUCGUCCUCAGGCCACAUGCCAGCCGGUGCGAUUGCCAAGCUUCCAAAAUCCCCCUUUUUACACACUCUUCUCACUCACCCUGCCUCUCGUCUUCCCCUCACUCUUUCACACUCCACCUGCCGUCACCUUCUUCAGCAUCCAGCAUGGCGACGCAAGACCUGUAUGCACAGCUGGAGACCCAACACUACACCAUUGUCCCAAACUAUGACCUGAUCGUUCGCGCGAUCGAGCGCGAGGAGUCUGCACGCGACGAGAUCGGCAGCGAUGGGCAUGUCCAUCGAGUGUUGGAAAGCAUCCCGAGGAAAAUUCACGUGUUCAAGGUCGCUCGUGCCGUCGUUUCCAGCAGCUCAACAUACUUCAAAAAGCUCCUCAAUCGGAACAGCGCCUUCAGGGAGAGCGCUCAUCAUUCUUGCAUUGACCUCCACGAAGACCAUCCAGAAGCCAUUGCUGUGUGGUUCCAGAUCAUGCACGAUUCCUCUCCCGGCGACUCCGCAGCGAUGAAGUCUGUAACGAUCAAGACUGUUUGGGAAGUCCUCGCGGUUGCACACAAGUACGGUUACGAGCCUGCGACGUCAAAGCCAAAGACAUGGUUUGCGGCCUGGUACGAAAGCAACGUCACUUGGAGCGUGAACACUCUCGACUUCCAGGAUCAUCAGAUGCUGCUAUUCCCAUGCCACACUUUCGACCAUGCGGUUGGCUUUGCCGCGACUACCAAGUAUCUGGCCUACCACGCGACGGGGCACAUCACAGAAAGAAGACCCGAAGGAUUCGAGUACGAUCAUCUCCGGCUGGACUCUCGAAUCAUUCAGCAACUGAACGCUGCAAAAGGGCGCCUGAAGACCAUUUUACACGGUAAUAGCGACCGCCGACGAGAAGGCAUCUACAGUCCAAUGGAUCAGAUCCUAAGAUUCGCCCGUUGCAGUUGCAAAGAGAAGAGUCUGUUCGGGUACAUGAAAGCUCUCAUGCACACGGGAGCCUGGCCUCUUGAGAUCGUCUGCCAGUACAGCUCAAUGGACAAGAUUCUUCGCGGGCUGGGAACAUUCGAGCCUCCCGAGAGGUCGAAUGACGGGUGCAGCCAAUGCCAGAAGCGGUUUGGCAUGAUUGUGCGGGCCGUUGUGCUAAAGACCAGAACGUACUUUGAUGGAUUGUGUCUUGGUAUGUUCCAUUGCAUAAAGCUUCGGUGCAAUUCACUCACCGGUUCAUGCUAGACUGCAUGUCCAUCUCCAAGCCUAAGUUCGGAGGAGAUACAGACGGAGACUACUGGGUACAUGCGCGGCAGCAUGGCAGCUGGGAUGCGAAGUGCAGGAUCCAUCACAAGCAGCCCUCGUGGUACUUCUCCUUCAUGGGCCGAGCGGAGAAGAUGAUUGAAUGGAAGGAAAAGCAGGCACGAGAGCACGAGUACUGAGGGCUUCCGCGAUUCGAGCACAUGGAGAUGAAGGGUCGUGGAUGUCAUCAAACACGGCCAGUUGCUAGGCGGGCGCGGGGUGUGUAAAGAAGAGUGGCCACUGGCUUGUAUCAGAGACCAGCUCUAUGGAAACGGCAGUGAUGCAUAUCAUGCCAGAGUAGUGAGUGGAGUACGAUUGCAACGAGAAACACGUGUGCAUAUGUUGUUCUUGUCGAGUAGCAUGUGGAUGCGUUGGAUGCACGG